AAUGAAUUAGUUUAGAAUGAUUGCCAUUUUUUUUCUUAACCAAAAUCGAACUUAUAUGCUAAUUCAUCGAGCAAGAGUCAUCCAAUUUGAGUGACGUUAACAUAAUUGAUGAAAUGUAGUCCUUACACAAUCAAUUAUUGACGAAAUUCGAUUCUUUAUUAUUCGGCAACAGCCAGGAUUCUUUGUCUAAUACCGCUGCUAUCCAGUCUCUGCUUCCAAGCCUCUUUGCAUCUGAAACGGAGGCAAUUUAGCAAAGCCUUGGUAUUAAAACCCUUCAUUGUCCGUGAAUGACCUCCUAAAGCAGUUUCCUUGGUAUCUGAUCGCUGCUCAUCCUCACAUCACCUUCCAAUCUUAUACCUUCUUCGUUUGGCUCACUAAAGUGAUCAAAAAUCCUUCUCCACUCUCCGUUAUUAAUGACGGGUAAAAAUAUUCACCAAAGAAUCGUUCUUUAGAACAAAGAGAUGCUUUGACACAUAGUCUUGGUCGUUGUCGAAGUUACUACACCAUACGUGAGGAUUAGACAGUAAAGUUUUGUACAAAAUAAUCUUUGUUCUCCUUGAAAUAGAUCUGUUUGCCAAGUGGUGUCUCAACCCAAAGUAGCUGCGGUUUACAGAUAUUCUUCUACUUCUUACAUAUAUCUCAAUUUCAUUAUCACAUGUUAUUUGGAAUCCCAGAUAUGAGAAUUCAGUGAUUUGUUCGAAGAAGCAGUUUGCUAUAUUGGUUAUCUCUUAAAAAUCUCUAAAAGUAAUUUGCCCGUCAUAUGUAUUUGACUACAGACAGAUUUUGUUACUUUAUUUCUGAAACGUAAAUUUCUUCGAUCCUGAAGACAAUUUUCUUUUUUAAACUUCCAUCAUAAAUACAAUGCUUCCCUUCCCUUUGUAGUGAGUGAGGAAGUUAACAGUAAAAAUAAAAACCUCCAAGCAUAAUGGUUAUCACGAGUCGAUUUUAAAAUGUAUCACUUAUGAAUGUUGUGUGAAGAAGGUUAAAUAACCAUCAAUGAUAUCUAUAGGAUGUCAACAAUUUGUUUGAAUUUAUUUAUUUUUUUCUUGGAGUGAAAUUUUUAAAAUUACUUAAUUUUUAAAGUAUUUUUCUGACCCCCCUAAAUUUUUGUUGAAUAUGGAAAUUGAUAAACAUGAUGAAAAUACUAAAAAAAGGAAAAGAGAUUUGGAUGAAUUAGAAGAGACAUACUUUACCGUUGGUAUGGUUUUUGACGAAAUUUUAUUUAAAGAAUCUUUAAAACACCCUAGAAUCCGUGACAGAUCUUUUAUAGUUCACAAUUUGAUAAAAGCUUAUGAUUUGCUGAGAAACUUUACUUUAUUAAAAUCCACUCCAGCUACUAAGGAUGAUCUGUGUACUUUUCAUUCCAGUGAUUACAUUGAAUACCUCGAAAAAAUUAAUCAUUGCUAUACUCCUGAUGAUGAAGUGGAUUUGGAAUACGGAAUAGGUUAUGACUGUCCACCAUUAGAUGGAAUUUAUGAUUUCUGUUGUGCUAUAGCCGGUGGCACACUUACAGCCGCUAGAGCUCUAUGUAAUAGAACUGUUGAUAUUGCUAUCAACUGGUGUGGUGGAUGGCAUCACGCACAAAGAGAUGAAGCUGAGGGAUUUUGUUAUAUAAAUGAUGUUGCCCUUGGUAUAUUAGAGUUACGGAAAACAUUUCAGAAUGUGGUGUAUUUUGAUCUGGACAUACAUCAUGGAAAUGGAGUGGAAAAUUGUUUUUCAUUUACAAAACGUGUGAUGACAGUUUCAUUCCAUCUUUACGAACCAGGGUUUUAUCCUGGAACUGGUCUAGAAAGUGAAGUUGGAGAUGGAAAUGGGCGUUACUAUUCUGUUAAUGUACCAUUAAAAAAUGGUACAUCUGAUUUGACUUAUAAGGAUAUGUUUGAUUGGGUAUUACAAACUGUACUAAAAAAUUUCAAGCCUGAUGCAAUUGUGGUUCAAUGUGGUGCUGAUGGACUAUCGGGUGAUCCGAUUGGAGAAAAUUUUAAUCUCAGCCUAGAUGCUUAUAGUCAUUGUGUCAAACAAAUUUUAAAUCUUCGAAAACCGACACUUUUUCUCGGUGGUGGUGGCUAUCAUAUUCCUAAUACAGCUAGAUGUUGGACCUAUCUGUCUUCAGUCAUUGUUGACGUGCCUAUUUCUAAUGAUAUUCCUGAGCAUGAUAAUUUUACUAAGUUUGGCCCGACAUUUGAGCUCCAAAUUUCUAAAAGCAAUAGAAAAGAUUUUAAUUCAAAAGAAUAUUUAUCAUGUUUGAAAAACAGGAUAAGCGAUAAUCUUAAAAAUAUUAGUUCAUGAUAUUUGUCAAAAACUAUUUACGGCAAUGUAAGCUUUAUUAGUUACUAAGAUGUAUGUGAAGAAUAAAGAACUUAUUUAAUUAAGGCAAUUCCUACAUUUUUAAAACAAUUGAUGUUGUUAGUUUACUAAGAAUGUACAUACUUGGAGUAAUAUAUUUUUUAAAAAAUCCUCCUUUAGAUUUUUUUAUUAUAAAUGGUAACACUUGUGACAUUCAGGUUUGGUUACAUUUUUUAUCCUCCUUGCAAGAACAAAAGUAAUUAUAUCUAUGCUGCUGUAUACUGAUCAUGUGGGAUGGUUAUGGCUAUUUCAAAGUAAUUACAUGGAACACUAGUGGCAAUAAGUAGGCAUACUUACCAUUUUUUUGGGAGGUGGAAAAAUUUAUGUAACCCUCCACAUGCUUCAAACUUAACUUAGACAAUAUUGGUAAGGGUUAAACAUCUACUGUACAGAUCACAUAAACUGUACCCCUUACAAUUGUCAGUCUUAUACAGAAGACAGGACAACCAGUCAAAAUAUCAAGACCGAGAACAGCUUCAAGAAGAUCAUAAGAAACUGAAGGAUCAUUAAAAAUAUUGCAACAGUAUUUUAUUAGGGAAGAUAUUGAUGAAUUUUUUUUGCUGUCAGAUAUAGUAUAGUAGUAUCCCACAAUAUUUACAGUUGCUUCCGUUAUGUACCCUUGUACAAUAUUUUUUUGUAUACUAUGUUUUGUAUAUACAAUAUAUUUUAAAUAAAUCAUAUUAAAUUUAUUGGUAAAAAUAAUAUAUAUAUGCCUCUAUAUAUAAUAGAGAUUUUUUUUUUUUUAUUUAUUUAUUUAUAUGAUAUUUACAACUGUAUACAAAAAAUACAUCUGGUAAAUUCGCACAUUGGUAUAAAGACAUGGAACACAUGUUGAGAA